UCCGAGUCCGGUGUGACCCCUGGACCAUGGGCCGGGGAUGCUUUGGGGUGAAGGGCUGCGCGUGGAGAGCGGCAGCUCGGCCCCAUCCCUUCCCGCAACCGCCCCGCAUUACCCAGCAAUACCCGCAGCUGGAGCCGUUGCGCUGCGAGGAGGGGGCGACUUCGGGACCCUCGGGAAGCUGCGGGGUCCCUUUAAGACCCCCCGCUCCAUGACGCAGCUACUUUGCAAGACGGCCGGGGCGGAGCCCGCCGUGAUAACGUGACUUUGGAACCGGCAUCGGUAACGGGAUUCGGUGGGGACCCCCUUAUCAUCUUUCGUGCUUCCAUCUCCCCUUUGCUAUGCGUAUCCUUCCUCUCCCCCCACCCCCCAAAGCGGCUCCCUGCCCCCCCUGGACUCUCCAGCUGGAGCUGAGGCCGUGCCGCUCCCCGGUGCUCCCCCGGCGCUCCUUGCCUCAGUUUCCCCCCCGUUGCAGGGUUGUCCUCCCCCCCGCCCCCUCCCUAUAGCAGCACGAGGCGAACCCUCCUUCCUCCCCCCCCCCCCUCCGGCGGAGAUCAGCGGGAUUUGCCGCUCGGGAUCCCAUAAUCCCAUCCGGUGCCUCCCACCCCCCCCUGUAGGACCGGGGCGGACAGGUGAGUGCGCGGCUCCGGGCACCGGGGGGGCAGCCCCGGCUGCAGCAUCUCUUUGCCCCCCUUGCUCCGUUCCGGCUGCAUCCAGGCACUUCCCCGCUCCGAGCGGGGCUGGUAUCAGAGGUAACAGCGGGGAAACCGGAGGAGCCGGGCAGGGAGCGGGGUGUGAGCUCGCAUUGCAUCCUUGUGCCAUGCACGAGGGAUGGGAGCUGAGCAUUUGGGAUAUUGAGGCACGGGCAAUGACCUGGCCCAUCCUGCAGCCCCGUGUGGGUGAACCCAUCUCCUGCAUCCAAAGGGGCUCCUCGGAGCUCCUGCCUGUUUUGCUGGUUUUGCUUUGCGAAAGAACGGGAUUUGGAGGCUUGGGAUGGGAAAAGCGCUUUGUUGGCUGAGUUCCGGAGCCGACUCCUCCCGGCACCGCGGGGUUGUGCUUGUGCCCAACCCAGCCCUGCUUGGCAGGGGGAUGGAGGCAGUGACUCAGGGCUAUGGGGUGGUUCUCAUCCCGCAGCACAACACGAUGGCUGUGGGGACGCAGUUGCGGCUGUUGCUCUGGAAGAACCUCGCCUACCGCCGGCGGCAGCGGGUGCAGUUGGCCAUCGAGCUGCUGUGGCCGCUCUUCCUCUUCCUCGUGCUGGUGGCAGUGAGGAGCUCCCACCCGCCCUUCCAGCAGCACCAGUGCCAUUUCCCCAACAAGGCCCUGCCGUCAGCCGGGACGCUGCCUUGGCUGCAGGGUAUCCUCUGCAACGUGCACAACCCCUGCUUCCAGCAGCCCACCCCUGGAGAGACCCCCGGCACAGUGGGCAACUUCGGAGGCUCUAUCCUGUCCCGCCUGCUGGCUGAUGUCCGCCAGGCCCUGCGCCGUGCUGAUGGAUGGCAGCUCCUGCACCACCUCGCCCAGCUCCUGCCUGCACUGCGGGGCCGCACCCUGCCCAUCUCAUCCCGGCUGCUGCAGGAUGAUGCUCUCACACGCCUUCUCAACAGCAACACCUCACUGCUGCCUGUGCUGCACCAGGCAAUGCUGGAGGGGCUCAGCUCACCUGAUGAGUGGAUGAGCUCAGGGAUGGAUAAUGCCCUGGCAUCCCUGGGCCCCUUCCUGCAGAGCGCUGAGUCCCUGCUGCAGGAGCUCUCCACCAUGGGCACAGUGGCUGAGCUGCAGCGUGAGGUCGCAGUGCUGACAGCCCCCGGUUCCUCCGCUGUGGGCACCUUUGAGGCUGUAUCACGCAUCGCCUGUGGGCACCCCGAGGGUGGGGGGCUGCAGGUGCCCUCCCUCAACUGGUAUGAGGACAGCGAUGUUGGGGCCUUCAUGCACCGCAACGACUCCAGGAGCAGCACGGAGACCCCCGACAACCACACCAGUCCUUUCUGCCUGGAGCUGCUCCGCAGCCUGGAGGCUGCCCCAUUCUCACAGCUCAUCUGGCGUGGCAUCAAACCACUCUUCGUGGGCAAGAUCCUGUACACACCACCCAGUCCUGCCACCGACCGCGUCAUGGCCGAGGUGAACCACACCUUCCAAGAGCUGGCAGCACUGUGGGACACGGCUGCUGCUGCAUUGGAGCUGGGAGCCCACAUCCGUGCCGUUCUCAAUGGCAGCCAGGAGCUGCGGGUGCUGCGGGAGCUGCUGCUGGCACCGGGCACAGUCCCACUCAUGGACAGGCUCCUCAAUGGCACCUCGCAGUCAGUGCUGGCCCAGUUGCUGGUUGGGUCAGCAGGGCUCAGCUGGCAGCAGGCACUGGAUGAAGCAGAGCGGGCACUGGGUGUGCUGUCACAGCUCCUGGGGUGCAUCCGGCUGGAUAAGAUUGAAGCAGUGGGCAGCGAGGAGCAGCUGGUGGCUCGUGCCAUGGAGCUGCUGGAGGAAAGGCAGUUCUGGGCUGCCGUGGUCUUCCAGCCCCCUCUGAACACCACGUCCACUGUGCUGCCCCCCCAUGUGCACUACAAGAUCCGCAUGGACAUCGACGAUGUCACAAGGACCAACAAGAUCAAGGACAGGUUUUGGGACCCAGGCCCUGCAGCUGACCCAUUCAGCGACCUGCGCUACAUAUGGGGUGGCUUUAUCUACGUGCAGGACCUGGUGGAACAGGCGGUGGUGAGGGUGCAGACAGGGGCUGCCCCACGGGUGGGGGUCUACCUGCAGCAGAUGCCGUACCCCUGUUACGUGGAUGAUGUGUUCCUGCGGGUUCUGAACCGCUCGCUGCCGCUCUUCAUGACGCUGGCGUGGAUCUACUCGGUGGCCAUGAUCAUCAAGGGGGUGGUGCAUGAGAAGGAGGCGCGUCUCAAGGAGACCAUGCGGAGCAUGGGGCUGAGCAGCGGGAUGCUCUGGCUCAGCUGGUUCCUCAGCAGCUUCAUCCCCUUCCUCCUCAGCUCCGCUCUCCUCGUCCUCAUCCUUAAGCUGGGAGACAUCCUGCCCUACAGCAACCCAGCCGUCAUCUUCCUCUUCCUCGGCACCUUCUCAGUGGCCACCAUCUGUCAGUGCUUCCUCAUCAGCACCUUCUUCCCCCGUGCCAACCUGGCCUCAGCGUGCGGUGGCAUCCUUUACUUCUCUCUCUACCUGCCCUAUGUGCUGUGUGUGGCGUGGCGUGACCACGUCACCUUCCUGCUCCGAGUCCUCGUGAGCCUGCUGUCCCCAGUGGCCUUUGGCUUUGGUUGUGAGUACUUCUCACUGUAUGAGGAGCAGGGGGUGGGCAUGCAGUGGCACAACCUGGGCACCAGCCCUGUGCCGGGAGACCCCUACAGCUUCGCCUUGGCCAUGGGGCUGCUGCUGCUGGAUGCCGUCCUCUAUGGGCUGGCAGCCUGGUACAUUGAGGGUGUCCUCCCAGGUCAGUACGGUGUCCCCAAGCCCUGGAAUUUUCCCUUCCUGAAGAGCUACUGGUUUGGAGAGCCGCCCUCAGCCGGAUACCCCCCGUACCCCAGCAGUUCUCUCACUGCACCCCAAGUGCUGGUGGAGGAGCCGCCUGCCCAGCUACAGCCCGGAGUCUCCAUCCGCAACCUGGUGAAGGUUUACCGCAGCGGCAGCCAUGUGGCCGUCGAUGGGUUGAGCCUGGACUUCUACGAGGGGCAAAUCACCUCCUUCCUGGGCCACAAUGGGGCCGGCAAGACCACCACCAUGUCCAUCCUGACCGGGCUGCUGCCCCCCACCUCCGGCACUGCCUAUAUCCUGGGCUGGGAUAUCCGCUCCGAUAUCGACAGCAUCCGGAGGUCCAUGGGGAUGUGCCCGCAGCACAACGUGCUCUUUGACAUCCUGACGGUGGAGGAGCACAUCUGGUUCUAUGGGAGGUUAAAGGGGCUGGCGGAGGAGCAAGUGCAAGCAGAGAUGGAGCAGCUACUCCAGGACACGGGGCUGCCCCACAAGCGCCAGGAGCAGACCAGGAACCUGUCGGGCGGCAUGCAGAGGAAGCUCUCCGUGGCCAUUGCUUUUGUGGGCGGCUCCAAGGUGGUGGUCCUGGAUGAGCCCACAGCCGGUGUUGACCCCUACUCACGCCGUAGCAUCUGGGAGCUGCUGCUCAAGUACCGCAAAGGGCGCACCAUCAUCCUCUCCACGCACUACAUGGACGAGGCGGAGCUGCUGGGGGACCGCAUCGCCAUCAUCUCGCAGGGCCGGCUCCGCUGUUGCGGGUCUCCUCUCUUCCUCAAAUCCAGGCUGGGCACGGGCUACUACCUCACCUUGGUCAAACGGGAACUCACAGAGCUGGGCUCCAUCAAAAAGGUUCCUUCCCCUCCCGACUCUCCAUACCCAGAGCCCCUCAUUGGAUCCCACCCACCCACCCUUUGCUUCCCUUUCCCGCAGGACGGCGGCACCUCCGAGGGCGGCGAGCGGGACAGCGAGGGCAGCACCGCGGAUGUGCCGCAGCUGUCGGCACUGCUGCAGCAGCACGUCCCCGGCUCCCGGCUGGUGGAGGACAUCGGGCGCGAGGUGCUUUUCGUGCUGCCCUACAGUGGGGCCAAGGAUGGAGCUUUUGGGGAGCUGUUCCGGGAGCUGGAUGCGCGACUGGGUGAGCUGGGCAUCUCUGGAUACGGCAUCUCGGACACCACGCUGGAGGAGAUCUUUCUGAAAGUGGCUGAGGACAGCGGGGUGGAUGGUGGCAGGACAGGCAGCAGCAGCAGCAGAACAGCUCCGCUGGGGAGAGGAGCGGUCCCCAAUAAGGAGGGGGACACAGGAGCAGCUGCAGAGGAGCCGGCCCAAGGAGCCCGCAGAGCAGAGGAUCCGCAGGAGACGGACCUGCUGAGUGGAGCAUCCGAGGGCAACCGGUGUGUGCAGGGCUGGGCGCUCACCCGGCAGCAGCUCCGUGCGCUCUUCACCAAGCGGCUGCUCCACGCCCGGCGCAGCACGAGGGGCUUCUUUGCACAGAUCGUCCUGCCCGCUGUCUUCGUCUGCGUUGCGCUGCUCUUCAGCCUCAUCGUGCCGCCCAUCGGGAGGUACCCAGCGCUGCGUUUGGAUCCCGGGAUGUACGGCCAUCAAUUCACCUUCUUCAGCAAUGAUGCUCCGGGGGAUGCAGACACGUCCCGUUUGUUGGCAGCGCUCCUGGACGAGCCGGGCUUCGGCACCGCCUGCAUGAAGGACACGGCGGAGGGGACGGGGCCGUGCCCACCUGCGUCCCACCCCGACGGCUUCAGGCAGCCCCCAACCCCCCCGGCCGUGCUGGAAGCGCUGCAGCGUUGGAACUGGACACCAGCUGAGCCGUCCCCGUCUUGCCAGUGCAGCGGGCCGGGGACGCGCAGGAUGCUGCCCGAGUGCCCCACGGCCGCCGGGGGGCUCCCACCACCCCAGGUGCAAAGGGGAACGGGGGACAUCCUGCUGAACCUGACAGGCAGGAACAUCUCUGAUUACCUGGUGAAAACCUACCCCCAGCUCAUUCGCCAGGGGCUCAAAACCAAGAAGUGGGUGAAUGAGCAGAGGUAUGGUGGCUUCUCCCUGGGUGCUGGUGGCUCGCAGCUCCUGCCAUCAGCAGAGGAGGUGGGCAGUGCAGUGCAGGAGCUGAGAGAGCUCUUCAACGUCACCCAGGGCAGCCCCAUGGAUCGGCUCCUGGGCAACCUGAGCCACUUCUUUGAGGGCUUGGAUGCACACAGGAACAUCAAGGUGUGGUUCAACAACAAGGGCUGGCACGCCAUGGUCGCCUUCCUCAACGUGGCCAGCAAUGGGCUGCUGAGGGCACAGCUGCCUGCGGGAUCUGACCCUACACUCUAUGGCAUCACAGCCAUCAACCACCCCCUGAACCUCACCAAGGAGCAGCUCUCAGAGGCUGCGCUGAUGGCCACAUCGGUGGACGUGCUGGUCUCCAUCUGUGUGAUCUUCGCCAUGUCCUUCGUCCCGGCCAGCUUUGUGCUCUUCCUCAUUGAGGAGCGGGUCAGCAAGGCCAAGCAUCUGCAAUUCAUCAGCGGGAUGAAGCCUGUCACAUACUGGCUGGGCAACUUUGCUUGGGACAUGUGCAACUACCUGGUCCCUGCAUUGCUGGUUGUCCUCAUCUUCCUCUGCUUCCAGCAGAAGUCCUAUGUGUCCUCAGCCAACCUGCCUGCCCUGGUGCUGCUGCUGCUGCUCUAUGGGUGGUCCAUCACCCCCCUGAUGUACCCGGCCUCCUUCCUCUUCAGCAUCCCCAGCACAGCCUACGUGGCCCUGACAUGUGUCAACCUUUUCAUUGGCAUCAAUGGCAGCGUGGCCACCUUCGUGCUGGAGCUCUUUGAGGACCAAAAGCUCAACAACAUCAACCGCAUCCUGAAGAAAGUCUUCCUCAUCUUCCCCCACUUCUGCCUGGGCCGAGGCCUCAUCGACAUGGUGAAGAACCAGGCGAUGGCCGAUGCCUUUGAGAGGUUCGGAGACAAGCGCUUCGUGUCCCCGCUGUCCUGGGACUUAGCAGGGAAGAACAUGUUUGCCAUGGCCAUCGAGGGCGUCAUCUUCUUCCUCUUCACUUUACUGCUGCAGUAUCGCUUCUUCCUGAGGCUCCGCCCACGUGCUCUGCAGCUGCCCUCGCUGGGGGAUGAGGAUGAGGACGUAGCCCGGGAGCGGGUGCGUGUGGGCAGUACAGCACGGCGCAGUGCCGUCCUGCUGCUGAAGGACCUGACCAAGGUGUACAGGUACCGGCGUACUCCAGCAGUGGAUCGGCUGUGCCUGGCUGUCCCACCUGGUGAGUGCUUCGGGCUCCUGGGGGUGAAUGGUGCUGGGAAGACAUCCACCUUCAAGAUGCUGACGGGGGACACAGAAGUGACGCUGGGGGAGGCCUGGCUGAAGGGACACAGCGUGCUCACCGACCUGCAGGCUGUCCAUCAGAACAUGGGCUACUGCCCACAGUUCGAUGCCAUCACCGAGCUGCUGACGGGGAGGGAACAUCUGCAGUUCUACAGCCGUCUGCGUGGGGUGCCAGAGGAGGAGACCCCCAGGGUGGCUCAAUGGGGCAUUGCCAAGCUGGGUUUGGGACCACAUGCAGACCGCCUGGCAGGCACCUACAGUGGGGGCAACAAGCGCAAGCUGUCCACAGCCAUAGCCCUGCUCGGCAGCCCCCCCAUCAUCUUCCUGGAUGAGCCCACAACGGGGAUGGACCCAGGUGCCCGACGUUUCCUAUGGGACUGCAUCCUCAGCCUGGUCAGGGAGGGUCGCUCCGUGCUGCUCACAUCGCACAGCAUGGAGGAGUGCGAGGCGCUGUGCACCAGGAUGGCCAUCAUGGUCAACGGCCGAUUCCGCUGCCUGGGCAGCGUUCAGCACCUCAAGAACCGGUUUGGGGAUGGGUACACGGUGGUGGUGCGGGCUGCGGGGCCCGGCCCUGCUUUGUGUACAGUGCAGCAGCUGAUGCAGCGCAGCUUCCCCGGCAUCGCGCUGCAGGAGCAGCACGGCAGCACGCUGCAGUACCGCCUGCCUUCCAAUGCCUGCUCCUUGGCUCAAGUGUUCGGAGUGUUGGCAGCGCACUGCGGGCACGGCCACAUCCAGGAUUACUCUGUGUCACAGACCACCCUAGACCAGGUCUUUGUGCACUUUGCCAGGGAGCAGAACGACGGGGACCAGGUACAGGACAUGGGAUCAGGGCAGGAUGCAACAGCAGGGCAGGAUAUGGCCCCAGUGGUCGGGAGGACGCCGUUACCGUUCCUGGAGGACGACAGCUAUAGGGAGAGCGUGGUCUGAGUGUGGCUGAAAGCCCCCUGGACCCCCCCCACCAGCCCCAGCCCUGCUCCCGGCUGGUUCACAGCCACUGGUCCCGGUCUGCCGCUGGCCUGGAGCCCGGCUGCAGCACGCUGCUGGUUUGGGGUCACGAUGUCCCGGCUCGGAACCGCAGGGGAAGGCUGGUCCGCUCCCUACAGCGGGGCUGAGUGUCGGGCUGUGCUGCUCGCUCUGAACGCGAUAAUAAAGCGCUGCAGUGCCGCGGGCGGAG